UCGGAACACACUGCUGCGCCUUUGACACUUUGGUCGCGCGCACUGGACGAAUUUCAGGCACCAGAAGGAUCAAAGUUAAAGUUUGGACUUCUCCAGACCGCGGUCCGGAUCUUCACCCCGCUCUCUCUAAAGCGCCUUUGCCAUCAUGGACGAAGAGCAGUGCUACUACAAUGAGACCAUUGCCUUCUUUUACAACCGCAGUGGGAAAUACCUGGCGACUGACUGGAACACCGUCAGCAGGCUGGUGAUGGGACUCGGCAUCACGGUGUGCAUCUUCAUCAUGCUGGCCAACCUUCUUGUGAUGAUUGCCAUCUACGUCAACCGGAGGUUCCACUUCCCCAUCUACUACCUGAUGGCCAACCUGGCUGCUGCUGACUUCUUCGCCGGACUGGCCUACUUCUACUUAAUGUUCAACACGGGGCCAAACACGAGGCGUCUCACUGUUUCCACGUGGUUGCUGCGUCAAGGCCUGAUCGACACCAGCCUGACGGCGUCCGUGGCCAACUUACUCGCCAUCGCCAUCGAACGCCACAUCACCGUGUUCCGCAUGCAGCUGCACACGCGCAUGAGUAACCGGCGCGUUGUGGUGGUGAUCGUCAUAAUCUGGACCAUGUCCAUUGUUAUGGGGGCCAUCCCCAGCGUUGGCUGGAACUGUAUCUGUAGUAUCCAGUCCUGCUCCAACAUGGCGCCUCUUUACAGCAACUCCUACUUGGUCUUCUGGGCGGUUUUUAACCUGGUCACGUUUGUUGUCAUGGUGACACUGUAUGCUCACAUUUUUGUGUACGUGCGCCAGAGGACCAUGAGGAUGUCGCGGCACAGCUCGGGGCCGCGACGAAACAGAGAUACCAUGAUGUCUCUGCUGAAGACGGUGGCCAUCGUUUUGGGUGCGUUCAUCGUCUGUUGGACCCCCGGCCUUGUCAUCCUCCUUCUUGACGUCUUCUGCUCCACCUGCAACGUCCUGACUUAUGAAAAAUUCUUCCUGCUUCUCGCUGAGUUCAAUUCAGCCAUGAACCCCAUCAUCUACUCCUACCGUGACAAGGAGAUGAGCGCCACCUUCAGGCAGAUCCUGUGCUGCCAGCGACAGGAGAAUGUCAACGGGACAGUGGCGGAGGGAUCGGACCGAUCGGCAUCGUCCAUCAACCACACAGUGCUGGGCAGUGGUAUGCAACACCACAACAACGAACACUCUGUGGUAUAGAGAGAGUGGAGAUGAUGGAAUGUAAUCGGAUUACGUCAUAAUCUGUACGUGGAAGAUUCAGACUGGGAAAAUGGGUGGUGGUGAGGGAACGUUAAGUAUGAACAUGAACUUGAAUUUGAAAAUUGAAGACAGUGGGUCGGUUGGAGAGAUGCCGAUGAAGGUGAGGAUCAUAAUGAAGAAAACGAAAAGCUAAGAAGACAAGGAUACACAUCGGUGUGUAGAAAGUCUGAACGUUGAAGACUGAUAGGUUGUUAGUAUUUGUUUCAGCUGUUUAUUUGUAUUAAAUGUGCUGAUUUGAAGUACGCUAUUUAAGAUGUAAUCUGUGAAUGCCAGUAUAACCCGUCCUCUCGAAUGUUGGUUCCUGCAGCAGAAACGAAUUCUCUAAGCUUUCCAAGAAAAUUUUUAUCCAUCAUUUGAGUGCAAACCUGCAAAAAACCCUAAUAAUAGGUGUAGCCAGUAAUUU